UCACCGCUGACCUUUGAGCUAUAGCCUCAAUAGGACUCACCGCCACGGCAGUCUGGAUCGCACACCGACGCCGUUACAGCAAGCAUAAGCCUGGACCGCCAUCAAACUCACGCGACAGAAGCAAAUCGUCUGUAAAGGACUUGAAGCCCCGUAAAGACACCGCCACACUCCCGAUGGACGGUUCGGGUACAUCGGUGCCGCUGUGACAGAUCUUCUGCAGGCGGCACCGGUGACUCCAGUCGAAGAUGGGGCCGCAGAAGAGACGGGUGACGUCUGCGGCUCUUCUGGUGCUCCUCCUACAUCCUGCAUACCUCGCUUCAGGUCGGAUGGACUCCCACACAACCAGCGCGCGAGAGAACGACGAGAAGCGACUGAUGGACGUCCUGUCUCGGGGCUACGACCGGGACGUCCGGCCCGUGUUCAACGCGUCGCGGGCCGUCAUCAUCAAACUGGGAAUCACUCUCACCCAGAUAUUCGAUAUGGACGAAAAGAAUCAAGUGUUAACUACGAAUGUUUGGCUUGACCAAGAGUGGGAGGAUGAGCUUCUGACUUGGGAUCCGCGUCAGUUUGGAGGUCUUUCCGAGCUGCGUGUGCCCUGCCACAGAAUAUGGCUGCCAGACAUUGUGCUCUACAACAACGCGGAUGACUACACGCGAGGCUACAUGCAGAGCAGGGCCAUGGUUCACAGCGACGGCCGCGUGUUCUGGCCGCCGCCCACCAAGUUUCGCUCCACGUGCGCCGUGGAUGUUACCUACUUCCCGUUCGACGACCAGACGUGCAUUCUGAAACUGGGCAGCUGGACCUACAAUGGCUUUCAGGUGGACGUGACGAACCGCACCCAGGAGGUGGAUCUAUCCAACUACGUGCCCAACGGCGAGUGGGAGCUGCUCGAGGCGCGCAUCAACAGAAACGUCGUCUAUUACAGUUGCUGUCCGGAACCAUUCCCGGACGUCACCAUCACGCUUAUCAUCCGGCGGAAGACGCUGUUCUACAUGUACAACAUCGUGAUGCCGUGCAUGAUGAUGUCGGUGCUGACGCUGCUGGUGUUCUGCAUGCCGCCCGAGAGCGGCGAGAAGAUCUCCCUCGGCGUCACGGUGCUGCUCGCCUUCAGCGUCUUCAUGCUGGCCAUCGCAGAGAAGAUGCCGGAAACCUCCGACAGCAUUCCGCUCAUAGGGAUUUACCUGACUGCUGUGAUGGCUAUCACGUCUGUUUCGAUCGUCAUGACCGUUGUGGUCCUCAACCUGCACUACCGUGGCCCGGCCAGGAACAUGUCACGGUGGAUCAAAUACAUCACGCUCAAAAGCAGCGGCCAUCCCUGCCGCAGGGGCAGCUCGAGGCGCUCACACCGGGACGGCCGCUCGAACCGCAGGGGCCACCGCGGCGCCGGCGGGCCCACCCAGGAGCGACUACCCGCCGACGGCUCGCCCGUGGCGCGCAGCGGCUGCAGCAAGUCGGGCACCGUUCGGCUGCCGCUCGACCCUCUGCAGCCGGCCGGCGGCGAUGGGGCCGAGCCGCUGGGCGAGCUCGGUCACGGCCUGGUGCCGCAGUCCAACGGCGGCCCUCCGGACGGGCCCGGGCGACCGGCGCGCACCGCCCGGCCCCAGCGGGACGGCGAGGGCGGCGGCUCGGCGCGCGACCAGUGGCGGCGCUCGGCCAUCGUGGCCGACCGCGUGCUCUUCUGGUUCUUUUUGGUCAUCACGACCUUCUCCAGUCUGUUGUUCCUGGUCGUGCUGCCCGUCUACAAGCGGAGUCUUUACCAGCGACCCGACUGAGCUUAUCUCAUGGGUGGACACCGUCGCGUCGCUUUGACAAGAACAACGUUCCAAAUCGCGUACAUACCGUGAUAUGUUUCAGGAGAGAUGUCCAGCGCACACUAGCGUGAAAGGUGUUAUCAGGAUAGGACAAAUUAGCCUACUUGAAAAACAUCCCGACAGCGGUAGGUCAGCCGAAGUACGAAUGAGAGCUAGAACCGAGAAGAGCUAAAUAAUGCCUCGGGUGAACCUGCAUGGAUGCCGCUGCGCAGGUCAUUGCGGUACGAAUGGAAGACCAAAGAAACCCAGCGCUUGGGCUCCUCUUGCUGAUGUCUUAUCUGAUGCUUGACGGAACCCCCAGUCCAGGAAAUUGAAUAGCACUGCAAUGCCAGUUUUGUCAGACAUGCGAACUGCUUUUGGCAAGCAGAAAGCAUGUGACCUAGUCGCGUGUAUUUACAACUUUCCUAUACGCAUGACCUUGACCAUGACAAUGAACAUUGAUCAUUCUCCUCCGCUUACAGACUUUGAUAACAGUAUAGUGAAGAUAAUUUAUAGACCGGAGUCGGUCAAUGUUUUGCCUUCUCAAAAGCUGAAAUGACUCUAACCGCAUACUUCAUAUACGAGUAUAAUAAGAAAGCCCAUA